AUGGCUGCCAUCACAACCGGACUCGGGUCGCGCCUCGUCUCGACCGACACUCAGGCAAAGGCGUUCCAGGAACUGCCUGUUAUCUCGCUCGCGAGGUUGGCCUCGACGGAUCCUGCGGAGCGCAAGGCGCUCGCUGCAGAGAUUCAGGAUGCCGCCAUCAACUCUGGCUUCUUCUACAUCUCAGACCAUGGUGUCCCGCAAUCCGUCAUCGACGGGGUCUUCGAACAGGCAAAAGAGUUCUUUGCGCUCCCGGCGGAGAAGAAGAUGGAGAUGGACAUGCACAACUCACCCGCCUUCAAGGGCUACCAGCCCCUGAAAGGCGAGAACGUCGACCCGGCGAACCGUGGAGACGUGCACGAGGCAUGGGACAUGGGCGACGAUUCGCAGGUUAUGCGCGAGGGGAAGAAGAAUGGGAACCAGUGGCCUUCGCCUACGGACUUGCCCGAGUUUCAGGCAAAGUUGCAGCGGGCUUGGGACGAGAUCAUGGCGCUAGGCAAACGCCUCUUCCCGCUCUUCGCGCUCGCGCUCGACCUCCCCGAAGACUACUUUGCCGACAAGCUCAAGAACCCGGGCUCGACGAUGCGGAUCUUGCAUUACCCGCCGCAGUUUGGGCCGAUGGACUCGAAGGAGAUCGGGAUCGGGGCGCAUUCGGACUACGAGUGCUUCACCCUCCUCCUCCAGCACGGGGACGUCCAAGCUCUCCAGGUCCUCAACGGCGCAGGAGAAUGGGUCGAAGCGCCUCCCAAGCCGGGCACAUUCGUCCUCAACAUCGGCGACCAAUUGCAGUUGCUCUCCAACUCGAUCUUCAAAUCGACCAUCCACCGCGCGAUCAACCGCAGCGGCGUCGAGCGCAUGUCGAGCCCGUUCUUCUUUGGGCUGGACUACGAUGCGGUGCUGGAGGUGCUGCCGAGUUGUGUGAGUGACGAGAGGCCGGCGUUGUAUGAGCCUAUCAAGGCGGGCGAUUACGUGGAGAAGAGGCUUGCGGAGACGUAUGUGUAG